GAGACGAACGUCACCCCUUUCUCGCCGUCAACAUAAAAACCGCCAGUCCCUAUCCGGAAAACAAUGUAGUCUGGCUAGUGAAGGUCCGAAAGAAAAUACACAUCUUAACCCAGGCUGCAUCAUUGGCAGCACCCGAGCCCGGUUGUGGCUUUCGUAUCGGCAACAUUCCCUUUUCCGAGCUGCGUCCACGGUGACAUCCCGCCCAUAUCCCGAACAUAUCAUAUUGCGCGACCCCAUGGCGUCCGUAACUCAGAACUCGGGUGACCCCUUUAUCGUUACUACCUCCCUUGCAAAGCCUGAUCCGACAACACGCCGUUUCAUCCGCAGCCAUGUCAUGCGCGGGAAGAAUGCGGGCAAAUUCAGGAAUGAGCACAUCAUGCAGGGCCUGCAGACCGGGCCGAAGCGCAGAAGUGCCGUGGGCCAGGCUACGCGCACCCCCGGAGCCCGACACGAAGGAGACGAAGCUGAAGAAUCUGUGGACGGCUGGACAUUGGUAACGCCCCACAGAAUCGCAUCGGAACUUUCUCUGCAGGGAUAUGGCGGUGAAAUGCAACCAUACGUGUUGCGGCUCAUACACAGAGCAUUAACCGUCAUCAAGCCGGAAAUCUACGCAAUGCAUCACCUGACAACCGCUCACCCCGACGACGACAAGAUGUUCUGCUUCCCCGACCUUGCCCAGCACCCGGGCAUCCUCCAUUCCACCCUCUUCGCCGCCCAAGCCUUCUACGACUUGGCCACCGCCCAAACUUACGGCCCCAUCGCCCGACACCACUUGGCAAAGGCGCUUACACACUUGCAAAUGAGCCUCGAGGACAAGAAAGAAGCCGUGGAAUUCUCCACCAUGGGCGCGGUAGCGUCUCUGGCCAUGUCGGCUAUUGUAGCCGGGGAUUUCGAGACGGCCGUCAAGCACAUGGACGGCCUAAAGAAGAUCAUCGACCUCCGCGGCGGGAUGCCGUCAUUCAACCAGGGCAGCAUGAUCGGCCACAAAGCUCGCGUCAUCGACAUCGGCCUCGCCAUGGGCCUCGGCCACGACCUGCGCUUCACCGCCGACGACGACAUCUCCUGGUCGCCUCAGAUCGCGCGCGGCCAAUCCGCCGGCCGCUUCCCCGAGCUCGACGCCGCCGUGCCGCGCCACAUGCGGCCCGAUCCGCGCCUGCUGAACGUCUGGGCUGACCUGCGCGAGUUCUCGCGCCUGGUCAACGACGCGUCGGAGCGCCGCACCAAGAUCCAUGUGCAGGUCAUGUUUCGGCUGCGGACGUCGGUGCCGCAUCGGUUGUUGAAGCUUAGGCUUGGGGGGGAGGGGGUUGGGGUGCUGAGUCGGGGUGGGGUUCGGGUUGCGGGCGGGGUGCCGAGGUCGCCGGUGUUUCUGCAUGAGUUGUUGAGGCUGGCGAUGAUGGCGUAUGCGAAGAUGUUGUUGAUCAAGCUGCAUGGGAUCGGGAAGAAGAUGGUUGUUUUGGUGGAUGGGCUGACGAAUGUCUUGACGACGUGGGAGGCGGACUUGGAACGCCGCGAGGCAGAUGAUGGUGGAUUUUGGCGAGCACUGGCUGAACGAGCUGGUGACGCGGGCGUUGUCGGUUCUGGGGCUCCGGACCUGGGAUGAGACGAGGGAGAUGCUGAAGGAGUUCAUGUGGAUCGAUCUUAUCUUUGGCCAAGCGGGGGAGUGUCUGUUUCAACGGUGCUCGGUUGUGGGAGGUAAUUAACGGGGUACCCUGCGAUGGGGUGCAGGGUUACGGUUAUGGAGGCUGGGGCGACGAGAAACUAAGCCAUAGAUAGAACAGCGAAGUGUUAUUCGAUUCAACCGUCGAAUUGCGGAUCAAUAGGGAUGAGAAGGACAAGAGGGACGCAUGUACGGGCAUGUAUUAAACAUACAAAUGAAGCUAUGUACACGAAACCACCC